AGCGUUGUGUGUCCGGAAGUAGCACGGCGGCGGGGCUGCUCACCAGGCGGGAGAGUUGUGGCAGGUGUCGGGUGUCCAUAGCAGUAGGGUGUCUGUUAUUCUAGGGCUGUGCUUGGCAGGACUACAGAUCAGCCGUCACUACUUGUUAUGCGCUGGUUUUAUUACCUGCUGUUGCCGCUAGGGUCAGAUUUCUAUUGCCCUUUAGGUUGCGUUAUACUCAGUGUAUGUAUUCUGACCGCAUGGUGUGUACACGGGUGAGGUACUGAUGGAUGUAACCCUAGAUUUUUUUUUCUGAAGAUUUUUCUUUUCUUUUCAAGACUUCUAUAAAUGAUUGAGUUGCGCCCAAGAAAGUCGUCCAGACUCCAUUCAGCAGUGAGUGGAUCUGACAGAGUUAAAUGUGAUUGUGCAGGAGCACAAGGGGUGCCAAGAGGUAGGAAGCAAAAAAUCAGGACACCUGUGCAGUGCAAACAGGAGACUGGGGUUACAGUGAGUGCUAAGAAGGGGCUCCAUGCCAGUUUAGUAGUGAAUAAGAUAAAGCGGACACCAAGGCUUGCGGCUUCUGGUUCACAGGCUGCAGGCACCAAUCAGGAUUUACCCCAACGAAAGAAAAGGGAGCGAAAGGCAAAACGGUGUAAAUGUGAGAUAACACCAGAGCAAGGUCAUGGAUCUGUCACUGCGGAGUUGGGAAGAGGUACCGGAGGGAUCACACAUGUGAGUUUGGGAAGGAGCGCAGAUGUUGAAAGACAGGCUGGUAGUGCCCAGGAUAAAGUGGCCUCUGGGCAGGUUAAAUGGAAAGGUAGGAAACCAAAGGUCCAGCCACGUGUUAAAUGUAAAGGUUCGGAGACAGGGGGUAUGUCAUGUGCUAAUGACAUUGAUCCAAGUAGUAGGUCAAAGGAACAAGAGCAGGUCUCUGUAUGGAGUAUUGGUGGAAGCCAACCUGGGAGUAGGAAGAAGAGAGGAAGGAAAGCAGGGUCACAUGGGCCCCAAUCCAAGUCUCCUCACAAGGAAACCAAAGGUGUUAGUGGUGCAGAAAAAGUCCAUACACUUCAUGUGAGAGUGCAUCGCACUUUACUAGGCCAGGUUCUUAAAACAACCUCCGAAAAUGUGAAGCAGCAGCAUCCGGAACCUCUGCAUCGAGAAGAGAGUAAAUCUACAGAGCCGACCUGUGUAAUGGCGGAGCCCAGAAAUUCUAGGAGGACUAAACGUUUUAAUGUGGCAAAGAGAAGUAUCCCAGUUGGUGCUGAACAGACGGCAAACUACCAUAUGAUAGUAUGUGAGCAGUCUUCUAUGUUAAAGGAUGAAGUAAAGUCUAAAAUGUCAAAAGACGGUAUAUCCACAUGUUCAACAGAGACCUGUCACGUUCAUUCUCUAGGCCUACCAAACCCUGUAGUAAAGUUAAAGAAAUGCAAAAAUCUUGAUCAGCUGCACUAUUCUAGCAAGAGACUUGGGAACAUGUUGACUACCUUGAACACACAAAACAAGGUCUCUCUUACUGACAGUGUAGCAUUGUACAAUGUAUGCAUAUCUUCUAAAGAAAACGUAAGUCACAAUGAAGAAGUUGUUAAAUCCGCUUCAGCUGUAAAUAAGCAAAAUAAUUUAAAGGAAUUCCUUAAAGUGAAGUUCAAUUUUAGAAAGCGAAAGAAGAACAAUAAUAGUUGUUCUGAAGAAAGGGAUUCAGAAAUAACACCGACUGACUGUAAAUCUAUGGAUCUGAAACGUGAAGGCCAACAACACAGGGUGCAGUGCAUAGCCAGACCUACAUUUUCAAAGGCACACAAUGGAAAUCUAAGUGACAAUUUGAAUAAUAACACGAUCAUACCAGCAGGGCAGAACUCCACUAAAGAGCAGAAUAAAGCUGGCACCGAUCACAUGUGCAAUCCUUGGGGCAGCUGGCGUAAGCAAAUACCUUUUGCAUCUGAUGAGGAGAUUAGUGACCAGGACUUUGAUAGGUUUUCUUUUAAAACUGUUUGCUCUUCUAAAGUUUCUCAAACAAAAGGAGAGUGUACUGUACCAUGUCAACGUGUCAUACCAUUCACUGGGAAAAGUAUUUGGAAGUGUUCUUGCGCUAGAACUUAUGUGACAGCCUUACCUCGAAGAAAACCUACUGAUAUCCAGAAUACAGUCAUCUCGAGUAUUGAGGCUGAGCGAUCACUGGAGAUUUACACAGAUGACAUUCAUUCACUGUAUGAAGGCAUCCAGGAAAGAACAUCAGAGAAUAACAGUGAAGUGGAAUGUAAAAAGAGAAAGUUAGAUGUUGAAAGCACCUCAACCUCCCAUGACUCCACAUUGGAUAAAUCACUUUCUAAUGACAAUAAAAGUGUAAGUGAUGCACUAAUAGAUACCAGUGACCCGAGUCUUUUUACUCCUUUAACAUCAGAACCCCCAAGGAAAGAUAUGAGCCUAGGUUGUAGCAAACAUUCUGCACCUGGUAAGGUCCUAAAUGAUGAACACACAUUUCAACAGUUAGAAAGAGAAGAUACAUCACAACUCCUUUCCUUAUCGCCCUCAAAAACCGUAAUAGACCUUGACCACAAAACAGUCGCUGAUCCAGUCUGUUUUAAGAUUAUUAAUGAGAUGCAUGAAGAUGAUCCUCUUGUGCGUAGAAACAAUAUAGAUUUACUUAGUGAAGUCUGUUCUCUGUCCACUCCAUUGGAAAAAGUUGACACUACUUGUGUCCUGAAUGAUAACUUACAGAGCAGCAAUGAUCCUUCAGACUGUGAGGCUAGCUCAUCCAAAUGUUACCUUUCUGAAUGGAUUGAUAAAGGAGACCAAAUACAAUAUGAAGCAUGUGAUGCCUCAGUAUUUUGUGCACCAGCAUCAUCUAAAGUGUUUACUACCAACUAUAAUCUGGAUUUGUUGAAAGCUUAUGAAGAGGACGUACUGGUUGUCGAUGUAAUUCCAGAUGAUCCAGAGCUCUUUGGCUUUUCCGUUGGUGAAGAGAGUAGUUCUUCAGGGACAUUUUAUAACACAAACAAUAACAGCAAUAAUAAUGUGACUAUUUCAAAACCAGACAAAAUGUCAUUGAUACCUAAAGUUCAGAAGAGAGGAGUGUUUCCAGCCUAUGAAAGUAAAAUGUGCGUUAAAAGGAUCGAAUAUGUUUCUGAAAGUAGCACUGAUUCAAUACAUAAAUCAUUUAAUGUUAGAUCAGCUCAACAGAAUACAUGCAACUCUAUUCCAGAAACAAAAAUGAUUAAAACCCAUGCAGAAACAGAAGAAAGCAGAUGUCCAGCAGAGUCACAAGACAAGGGAAGCCCUCAAGAGCCUUAUCACACCAAUAUGUCAGAUGAAUCAGAAGGAAGCCCACCGCUUCAAGAUGACUUUCCUAGUAAACACUUGUCUCGGCCUUGGCGACCUUUUUCACAUCAACAUAGAUCAACAAUAAAUAAUCCUCCUCAAUGGAUAAAGCAUGAUUUCCACUUCAAUAGGAUAGACACCUCUCCACCAGAAGUAGCAGCUCCAGGGAGCUGGGAGAAAUGGAGACAUGAAAAACCUAGUCCUCGAAUACAACCAUUCAAGCUUCCAUACGGAUACUGUAGAUAUUUUUUUAACCACAUCAAUGGCUGUAAGAACAAGAAUUGUGCAUACUUGCAUAUACCUAGGCAGUGUGAUGAGAAGGUAUGCAUGGAUUUGUUGCAUAAACUGAUUAAUGAAAAGAAGUUGAAUCUUGCUGCUUGGAUAUUCCGAAGUUACUACAGUCAGUACUCUCCUAGACAGCAUUACGACAGAGGCAUUUUUGGUGCUCUUCUUAAUACAUUGUUAAAUUUUAGUAUGUGGAAGGAUCUCUUUGACCUCUUGGAAACUGCAGCUACUGCAAAAAUAUUUCCAUCCUUUGACCAAAUCAUUAAUGUAUUUGAAAAGGUUGUAUUUUCUGGCUUACAGACUUCAUUCUCAACUUUACUGGAUAUAUUCUGCAAGUUUAUACAUAAUGGAAUGAAUGUUAGUACUGUGGAAAUCAGCCAUAUAAUAACAAUAUUGCGUGAAUCCAAUGCCUCACAGAAUCACAUCAACAUCCUUCUGUCCAUGAAAUCAAGUCUUGAGAUGAAGAUUCAAAAGACGAAUUGGACUUAUAGCAUGGAAGCAGCAAUGUCUGACCUAGAGCAUUGUAAGGUCAACAGUGAUUGGAUGAAACUAGGAACUGUGUAUCUUACUGUCUGUACAGGAUGUGAAAACCUAACAACCCUUAAGAAUUUUUCGAGGCACGUAGCUGAAGCACUUAUGAAAGAUUCAAUCAAUGAUAAGCCAGAAAUUCCUUUUUGUGACUUUGCUGUUGCCGUGUUUAAAAAUCCAAAGUUUGAUGAUAUAAAAAAAAAUAUUCUGGGAAGGAUUGGAAUUUCUGUAAUGUUUUUCUAUCAUCAUAAAGAGCUAUGGCUAAAGGGAAAAAAAGUGAUUUACAAGCUACACGAGCUUAAUAUAAAUUACACAAUUUUGAAAGGGCUGUGUGGUCAAGAAAGCACAAUGUCCCGAUGCCAUGUGGUUAAUAUUGCCGUAGAAAUUUUUCUCAAGUGUGGAAACCUUGGAAGUGCAGUACAAACUCUGAAAGAAUGUGAAUGGAUAAUAAACACUCCUAUGUGGCCUUGUGACAUGAUGGAUGUUUUGCACCGUCACAACUUGCUGUGUUUGUUAGUGGAGGAAGCUCUAUCUAAGAAUAUGUUUAUCAUGUGCUUUGAUAUCCUUCAAAAUCUGCCUGGAUUCCAGGAGUCUCAAGCAGAUGUCCAUGUCGCUCAGUAUGCUGUGCUCUUUAAUAAAGUCUUGAACUCCUGUGUUGAGAACCGUAGUAUUGGCAUAUCUACAUCGAUUAUAAAGUUUAUGAUUGCUAAGAAUAUUUCAAUUGAGUAUGGAAUCCUCCGGGGAUUUAUAACCACCCUAGGACACUGUGGUAUGUGGACUAGAGCAAGGGAGUGUUACAAAAGUGCUAUGGCAUUGGGAUUUUACUCACUUUUUGAAAGAAAAAUGAAUCCAAAAAUUCUGUACAUUCCCUCCUUUAUGUCUGAAGUAGAAAUGCUAAUAACCAUUGAACAGUUCAUGGUAUCAAAUGCUAGCAGCAUGCAUUCGCAAAGUGAAUGUAACCAAGGUCUUCAAAUUGUCCUGAAAAGAAUGGAAGAGAAUACGAAGUGUAAAGACAGCUACCAUGCUGCAGCAGAAAGGUUAUCUGAAGCAAGCAGAUUGUCAUGCCCCAGACUUUUUAUAAAGCACAUGACAGUCAAUAACACCAAUGAGCAAGUAUACACUCUAGACAAUAAGGCUACUCUUAAAUGGCUGAAUGAGAAUAUGAAGUGGGCAGGCGCUAUCUGGCAUUAGUGUCAAUCUAUAAGUAUGUGGUACUAUCGUAUGAAUAUUAUGUGUAUAUAAAUAUUUCACAGCAGUUAAAUAAUCAUUGUUGAAUAAUAAAGGAAAAAACGGUAACAGUUUGCUCUGUAUGUUUAAUUUGAUUUAUAGCUUAGGUUUUAGUGGGAUUUUAUUUGUUUGUUUGUUCUUAUGUUGUACAGAAUAUAUAGAAAAGUGCAAGUAUGAAUAAAAUACAUAUUUGAGCUUGUUGAGUUUCAUUCUGCUUACCGUGUAUGCUAUAACCAUUAAUAAACAUAAAUUU